AUGGAGGAGCCAGCAGGGCAGCAGGAAAAAAUAGAGGAAUCAUGGGAAGGAGGGCGUGAUGGAUGUAAAGCAGACUGGGGAAAUGACUGCUCCCUCUCCUCUCUCCUGAAACACUCCUGCCUUCUUUGCUGGUCAUCUCCCAGGGACACCGACAUAGUGGAAACCGAUGAGAGAGUCCUCAUCAAGGCAGCCGAGAUCAGAGUAAGAAGACCGCAGCACCUAGCGCUGGAGUUGGAGAAUGCUGUGGCAGUGGAGAAUCUGGAGCUUCAGGAGCAGCAAUCGGACCACAAGGAGCUGGAAGAGACUCUGAUUAAAUUAGAAAGACAUAAAGAAAGGCUGGUACAACAGAUAAAGGCAACCAGACAACUCUGCUAUGAAGAGAGUCAACAGAUACUGUCUUUGCAGGCAGAGGAGGUGCAGAAAGAAAGUGAGGUGGAGGCAUAUGAGAGAGAACUUGCCAGAGCUAGGUGGAGGCUGAAAAAGCUCAGAGAGGAGGUGAAACAAGUCAAGAGGAAGGUGGAGGAAGCUGGAGACAGGAAUACUCCUCUGCAGGACUCCAUAAGACAGUCCUACGAAGAGAUCCUGCAGGAGGAGCACAAACUGUAUUCUCUCUCAGGAGGUGCAGUCACUCCAGAAAGCCAGCUGGAGGAGUCAACAUCUCCUGCAGACACCACUGAAGAUGAUCCACUCCCUCUCAGGCCAUGGGGAAGGAGCCAAUCACUUCCUGCCUAUGCUGAUUUGAUAAUGAGGGCCAGCAGCUUGUCUUUCUGCAAUAAUCUAGCAGACACCAGAGAAGAACCAGAUGACAGUGGGACUAGCUCACCAAAGAUGGACAGAUCUGACAUAGAAGAUGAUCCAGAGGAGGGGGAGAACAACACUGACGGGGAAACAGGGAGAGAGAACAAAGAUUGUACUGUUAACCCAGGCCCUCUGAGUCAGCUGGACUUCUACCAAGCAGACCCUUUUGCCCACUGUCAGAGUGACCAUGACCUUUUCAAUGAAGACCUGUUCUCUAACACUGACUCAUCUGAUGGAUUCGCUUCAGACCCUUUCAAAGGCAGCAACCCCUUUGCAGCAGAUAUUUUGUUCCCAGAAGAGAAUAUCAGUUGUGAGGAGGGGGCAGGAAAUGGCUGUGAUGAAGCAGACACCAGUCUCACCUGUGCUGAAAACAAAGCCUCAACAGGAACUCAGUGCUUUGAGUCUGAAUUCCCUGAUGAUGACAGCGACAUAGAGAUCAGCUACAGCCAUGAGGAUGUGGAUGCCAUUGCAGUGGUUGAUGAGUCUCAUGGAUUUAAGCCCAUUCGGAGUUCAUCAGAGAAGCUGGUGCCAGAGGCCAUCCAGGGCUGGAGGUCCCAGGGUCAGUUUUCUGCAGAAUCAGACCCUAAUGGGUAUGAGCUGGACCUUGGCACUGUCUCUCCUCCUUCUGACAUAGAAGAAUGCAGUCUAAGGGCUUUAUGUGGAGAGGCUACCAGUGAAGUAGCAGCUGGACUGAAACAAGGUCUGAGUUCCGAUUUAAUUCAGGUGGUCUCUGAGCUUGGUGAACAAGACAUGUUGGAACCAGAUUGGACAAGUGACAGUGUGCAAAUUCUGCCCUGUGUUGUUACUUCCAGUCAGGGGACAGGAUGGGUCAACAACAUCAAAGAGGAACUUCAAAACCCUGCAACUCCUCAAAACUCACUAGAUUCCCAGACCUUCUUCAUCCAACCAGUCUCAGAUCAGAAUAGAGAGCUGAGCUUUGAGUUUGGCUAUGAAUCAACAAGUCAGUCUUCCUUUGACCCAUAUGGGUUUAAACUCAGUCCAGAACAUUCUAGUCACAUCUUUUUAGACCCCGAUGAAGCUGAACUGAGCCCAGAACCCGCUAAAAAUGAUGUGACCUAUGACCCUGAGCCCUCCUCUUCUCAGUCAGAUCAACUGAGCUUUGAUCCUUAUGGGUUUGACAUCUCUUCCUCCCAGAUGGUACGGGACUUUGACCCUUAUGGCUUUAAGCUCAGCCCUGAGGAAGAGAAUCAGGAGGUACUGGACCUCUGUGGCCAUGGUAACCAGAAGGAAAUAGACGUUUGCAUCUAUGACAACAACAAGAAAGUAGAACUCUAUAGCAAACAGGAUGUUCUAGCAACUCAUACCCAUAGAGAACAAGAAGUGCUUGAACACAAUAAGCAACAACUGCUGAAUUUGUGUAACAAUAGAAAUCAAGAAGUGCUUGAAGCUUCGAGCUUUGAUAACAGGGAGUUAGUCUGCAGUGAAAACCAAGAACUGCUGGAUUGCUGUGGGGAUGACCACCAGGAGGUGGUGGAACCCUACCACAAUAUCAGCAAUGAGGAGCUAUUUGAAACUUGUAUCUAUAGUAACAAAGAAGUGCUGAAACCUUUUAGCCACGGCAAUCAUGAAUGGCUAGAUUUUUCCUGUUCUGAAAAUCAGGAAGUGCUGGAAUUAAAUAGCAGUGGCAACCAAGAACUGCUGGACUUGGGUCAGAAAGAAAAUCAGGAAGUGAUAAUUUCAGGUAGACACAUCAACCAGGAUGUCCUACAGCUCAGUAGCAAUGAAGGUCAGGCAUUGCUAGAUUCAAAUAGCCAUGGCAACCACGAGGUGCUGGUCUUGCUGAAUAAAGAAGCAAAGAACAACCGUUGCAUUGUUGAACCAGAGCUCAAUAUUAGUCCCACCAGUAACAGUUCAGACAGCGAAAUGGCAGCAGAAGACCAGCUCAUGCUGGAUGUCAGUAACACCAUCACUACUAAUACCACAAAUAGCAGUACUGCUGACACCCUCUGUAGCACCAUCAGCAACAUGUCUGCCCACCAGGACCUGGCUACAGUGAGUGCUUCCAUCAGAUACAACAUGUUAGAAGGUGAUCUGGGCUUGGUGUUUCGGGCUGGAGGAUACAUUGGUUGUCCAGAUGUAGCAGAUGACCUGGAGCCUGUGGACAGAAGACAGAAUCCAGUAGCAGAACCAGUACCACCAGUUAGACCAAUAAGGCCUCCUCGGCCUUCUCUCAGGGCCAAGGAGAAGGCUCAGUCCCAGACUCAAGACAAUGACCUUAAGUGAUCUCUCAGCAGCUAACAUUCCUGUGGGGGUUAUCAUGUCAGCAGGGUUCCCAUGACAACAGCAACAAAAGAGACAAAGAGAAUGAGGAGAGAGGUAUGACAACAGGUGAUCAAAUGGAGACAAAGGGCCAUGGAAAAAAGGAGGGAUGAUUAAAUACAGAUGAAGGAGAGAUCAUUCUGCUGUUAUUUAUGGUAAUAAUUCUAGUUUUAGAUGUUUUUUGUUUGGAGGUUUCCAAGGAAAAUAUUAAAGUCAGACAGAAAAGAUGGCAAGAUGUAAAACUUUCCAUGGUACCAGCUGACCUCAUCAUAAUUACGAUUACUAUUAAGGAACUUGAUUGGCCUAUGGCUUCAGUCUGUUUGAAGCGAGAGUUUUAAACAUCUGUAUGAAAAUGAGCAAUAUUUUUGAGGGUGAUCUUAUGUGCAAGAAAUGAUUCCCUCAUGUGUUUACCCCAGAUGAUGCUUGUCAAUCAUGUGCAAGAAAUGAUUCCCUCGUGUUUACCCCAGAUGAUGCUUGUCAAUCAUUAAACAAAGAGUUAUUACAGUCACAAGAAAAAGUAAUGGCACUGUUUGCAGUUUACUGGUUUUCUGUAUAAA